AUGUCCGUCCUCAAGAGUACAUCUCACAUCUCUUACACAUCCAAUUCAAAUGAGAAGAGGAUUGAGAUAGAACUGGAUUUGAUCCCUAGAGGCGCGUCUGUAGUAGUGGUGGACGAUGUACUAGCCACGGGCAAUACACUUUGUGCAGUGCUACAGCUUUUAAGUGAAGUUGGUAUUGCUGAUGUCAGCAUCAUGGUUGUGGCCGAGUUCCCUGUUCAUCGUGGCCGACAACUGUUGCACCAGCAUGGGUUUGGCGUCAAUAUCCAAAGCCUUUUGGUCUUUGACGGUGCCUAG